AUGCAAACGCCACAGCUAGGCCGGCGCUUGCUGCUGCCGACGUUGCUGCUGUUGCUGCUGCUGCUGCUGCUGCCUGUGGGCAUUGAAGGAGCAGCAAUUUGCUGCCCUGUCAGCAGCAACAGCAGCAAGGGCUUUGACUCUCGAAGAGCGGCAGCAGUCACCCGCUGCAGUGGAGCCCCAGCAAAAGCAGCAGCAGCAACAACAGCAACAGCAGCAGCAGCAGCAGCUUUUAUCGGGGUGUACGUACACCCCAGUAGAAGCACCUGUCUUUGUUCGUUGCGGCGUCUGCAAAAGGGUCUCCACAAAAACCCGCUGUCUCCUUGGCUGCCAACCGACGAGCUGUUCUAUCACCCCCAGCCUCUCCAGCAGCAGCAGCAGCAGCAGCAGCAGCAGCAGCAGCAGCAGCAGGAAGUGGAGAGGGUGGGCCCGCUGCCUGAUAAGUUGCGGAGGGGGAUUGCUUUUGCUUUAUCUUGUUUGCUGCGGGGCAAGCAAACCCCUAAACCCACGCAUGUGGCGCUGCUGCAGCUGCUGCUGCAGCACAACGUAGACCAAGACUACAACAUAACAUCAAACAGCAGAAGCAGCAGCAGCAGCAGCGACAGUAGCAGCAGCAACAGCAGCAGCGAAGGGGACGAUGCACAGCAGCAGGCGGAGCAGCAGCAGCAGCAGCAGCUACUGGCUGCAUCUCCGUUGCUGCAGCGGCUGGAGCAGCUGCGGUUUCCUUCGUUGCUGCAGCUGUCUCCUAGGGAGCUGCUGCAGCUGCUGCAGCGGCGGGUGCAGCUGCUUUGUCCAGGAGGGGCAGAAGCAGCAGCAGCAGCAGCAGCAGUGCUGCUGCAAGAAGAGGGAUGGAGUGCAGCAGCAGCAAAACGCUGGCUUCUGACUGAUCCUGGGGCCUUUAAGUCAGACCUUCCCAUAGAUAAAGCCGUUGCUGCUGCUGCUGCUGCUAGGGAUGCUGCUGCUGCUGCUGCUACUGCUGCUGCUAGAGAUGCUGAAGAUGCUGCUGCAGAUUCUGCUGCUGCUGCUGCACCCGACGCAUCUUCGCCGCCGCGCGACAGCGCAGCAGCAGCAGCGCAGCAAGCUGCUGAAGCAGCAGCAGAAGCAGCAGCAGCAGCAGAUGCACACGGAGCAGCAGCAGCAGCUCGCAUGCGCAAUUUCUUGACUCGCUGGAAGCAAUUCGGGUUCAGCAAGCAGCAGCUGCAGCAGCUGGCGCUGCAGCGGCCGCAGCUGCUGCAGCAGCGGCAGCCUUUCAAGAAGCUGAAGGCGUUUGCUUCUGUUUGGUUGCAGGUCCUCUCUACAAGGCCUCACUUCUGGGGAGGAGACGAUCCCCUGCUAGAGCUGCAGCAGCAGCAACAGCAGCAGCAGCAGCAGCAGGAACUGCAGCAGCAGCAGCAGCAGCAGCAAGAGGAAGAGUACAAACAGUGGGUGCAGUGGUGGAAAGGGGAGGGGCCCGUCCCUCCGCUGCCGCAGCAGCAGCAGCAGCAGCAGCAGCAAGGUGAGCGCCGCCCCACAGUGCCUCAGUUGGUGCCGCAUGCGGAGGGUUUGCUGCUGCGGGAGACGUAUCCAGGAGAAGCAGAAGCAGCAGCAGCAGGGGAUGCAGCAGCAGCAGCAGCAGCGCGCGCUGCCGCGUUGCAGCGUAUGGAGGAGGAAUCUGCGGGUGCAGCAGCAGCACGUGAGCAGCUGCAGCAGCAGCUGCAUCAGCUGCUGCUGCAGCACCCUCGUCUCUUAAGUAUGAAUACGGAGGGGUCUUUAAAGACAAAACUUCUUUAUAUUCAGAACUGCAUGUACACCCCACUGCAGCAGGUGCUGCAGUUUCCUGCUGCUCUCACCUACGGUCUGUACACCCGAAUAGUGCCUCGACAUUUGGCUUUAGUAAAUGAGUUUUUAAUUAAAUUGCAUGCAUGCAGAAAGCCCCAUUCUAUAGAUGAAGGUGCUGAAGCUGAGGUGUACAGACGCUUCGUAAGAGACAAAGACAGCUGGGCCUUCAGGCAGCAGCUGCUGCAGCAGCAACCCCUAUCCCUAGCCAGACGCCGCAUGCACCUCUUUCUGCUCCAGCAGCAGCAGCAGCAGCAGCAGCAGCAGCAGCAACAGCAGGAGGGGCUCAUAGAGGUAAACCGCGAUGUAGGCUGUCUCUCUUCUUUAUUCGUGCUGCCGCUGCUGCACCCGCAAAAGGGGUGGAGGGGUCUUCAGGCCUUUCAUCCAUAUUGGCUGCCUCCUCUGCCGCCGCUGCAGCUGCUGCUGGGAUCGUCCGAUCCCAGCUUCUGUGGGGUGUUCCGUAUUCCCUACAGGAGGCUGUUAGAAGCAAAGAGAGACGCGGAGACCGUUGCAAACCCUCAGCGCCUCUUCUAA